ACAAAAUGGCUGGAUCAGUGGCUCAGUGUGAGGAGUGAGGUGCCAUGGUCUUUGUCUUUGUGCUUGCGAAUUUGGACCUAAUUUAGAGCUUAAAAUGUCAAAUCCCACAUUCAGAACACGUAUAUCACAACUGAGAAAACGAAAACUAACCAAAAAGAAAAUAGUGAGACGAGGGAAUCCUAUAAAUCGACGAAAUAAUGACGAUGACUGUGAGGCCCCUUUAGUAGGUGGACCACCACUGGCUCUUUUUGAUCUGGUGGGCGGGGGAGCGGCUGCUGCAGCGGCAGGUGCAGGCCCCUCUUCCGUUCCCACUGCCUCCUCCUCCUCUACCACCUCAUCAUUACACCAUCACCCGCCAUACCACUUACGUAGAAAGUCACCCACUCACCCUGUUAGUCCCCCUACUACCUUAGGAGCCAUCUCAGUCACAGACACUCCAAGCACAGCCGCUUCAGCGGGAGCGUCGGCAGUGACAGCUGGUUUACCUUCUGCUGCUACAAGUAACACACCUGUAUUAUCACCUCCUGUUGCAUUAACAGCAACGACUGCAUACUGUCCUUUCCAGCUUACCAUGUUACCUGCCCGCAAAAGACCCCGAAGAACGUAUUCUACGGAAUCUUCCACAGGGUUGGGAUGCACUUUAUCCACAGCAGCGCAUUACCUUCUAUAUGAACUUCCUGACGAGGUGCUACUCACUAUAUUUUCUUACCUGUAUGAGAGGGACCUCUGUCAUGUAGCACAAGUAUGCAAGCGUUUCUACACAAUAGCAAAUGAUAAUGAACUUUGGAAAAACCUAUAUCAGAGUUUAUAUGAGUAUGACCUACCAUUAUUUAACCCAGCCCCUUGCAAGUUUGACUUUGUCCAGCCAGAGGACUGUGAUUAUGAUAACCCAUGGAAAGAAAGCUUUAAGCAGUUAUAUCAUGGGGUACAUGUUCGGCCAGGACAUCAAAAACAUGUUGCCAAGGAAGCCGGUCGAUCUGUUGCAUACUUCGACACUAUACAGUCCGCUUUUGAUUAUUGUGAUGAUGCCGAGAGACCUCUGGUUUUAAUUCACUCAGGUGUUUAUUGUGGAGAACUUAUUGUUAUUGAAACCAAUAUUGCCUUCAUUGGAGCUGCACCUGGAAAUGUGGCAGAAAAUGUCAUUUUGGAACGAGAAUGUGAAUCUACAGUAAUGUUUAUGGAAGGGGCUCAACGGGCAUAUCUAGGCUAUGUUACCAUCAAGUUUUCACCGCCAAGUUGCACUGAUACUAUGCAGCACCACAAACACUAUGCGUUAGAAAUUCAAGAAAAUUGUUCACCUACCAUAGAGCAUUGCAUUAUUCGAAGUUUCUCUCAUUUGGGAGCAGCUGUAAGUGUUAGCGGUCCAGGUGCAGAACCAGUAAUUCGGUAUUGUGAAAUCAGUGAUUGUGAAAACGUUGGGCUCAUCAUCACGGACAGAGCACAGGGUCACUAUGAGGACAACGAAAUUAGCCGGAAUGCAUUAGCUGGAAUUUGGGUCAAGAAUUUUGCCAAUCCUAUAAUGAGAAGAAACCAUAUCCACCACGGGAAGGAUGUUGGUAUUUUCUGUUUUGAUGGGGGCCAAGGAUAUUUUGAGGCAAAUGAUAUCCAUAAUAAUCGCAUAGCAGGCUUUGAAGUGAAGGCACAGGCAAAUCCAACAGUAGUGCGUUGUGAAAUUCAUAAUGGCCAGACUGGAGGAAUAUAUGUCCACGAGCAUGGCAUGGGUCAGUUUAUUGAGAACAAGAUCCAUUCAAAUAAAUAUGCAGGCGUGUGGAUAACUUCAAAUAGUAACCCAACUAUAAGACGGAAUGAAAUAUAUAAUGGACUGCAAGGUGGUGUCUACAUAUUUGGAGAUGGUCGAGGCUUAAUUGAACACAAUAACAUAUAUGGUAAUGCACUAGCUGGAAUCCAGAUUCGAACCAAUAGUGAUCCUAUAGUACGGCACAAUAAGAUCCAUGAUGGUCAGCAUGGUGGAAUUUAUGUACAUGAAAAGGGUCAAGGCUUAAUAGAAUGCAAUGAAGUAUAUGCCAACACACUUGCUGGAGUUUGGAUUACUACAGGAAGCACACCAACUUUACGGAGAAAUCGUAUUCACUCAGGAAAGCAAGUUGGUGUAUAUUUUUAUGACAAUGGUCAUGGUCUCUUAGAAGAUAAUGACAUUUUCAACCACUUAUACUCAGGUGUACAAAUAAGAACGGGGAGCAACCCCAACAUCAGACGAAAUAAAAUUUGGGGAGGCCAAAAUGGAGGAGUGUUAGUAUACAAUGGAGGCCUGGGUCUCUUGGAACAAAAUGAAAUAUUUGAUAAUGCAAUGGCUGGUGUAUGGAUCAAGACUGAUAGUAAUCCAACUCUUCGAAGAAACAAGAUCUUUGACGGAAGGGAGGCUGGAAUUUGCAUAUUUAAUGGUGGAAAAGGUGUACUUGAAGACAAUGACAUUUUCCGUAAUGCCCAGGCUGGGGUCUUGAUUUCAACACAAAGCCAUCCAACUCAAAGUCAUCCUAUUUUGAGAAGGAAUAGAAUAUAUGAUGGCUUAGCGGCUGGCAUUGAAAUAACCAAUAAUGCUACUGCAACCCUAGAAAAUAACCAUAUUUUUAAUAAUCGUUUUGGUGGUUUGUGUUUAGCAUCUGGGGUCAACCCAAUUGAGCGAGCUAAUAAGAUAUUUGAUAACCAUGAUGCGGUACAGAAAGCAGUAACAAGUGGUCAGUGCCUGUAUAAGAUUUCAUCCUACACAAGUUUCCCAAUGCAUGACUUCUAUCGCUGUCGUACAUGCAAUACUACAGAACGUAAUGCCAUCUGUGUGAAUUGCAUCAAAACAUGUCAUAGCAGUCAUGUGGUGGAAUUUAUAAGGCAUGACAGGUUCUUUUGUGACUGUGGUGCAGGAACUUUAAAUAAUCAGUGCCAACUUCAAGGUGAACCUACACAAGACACCGAUACUCUUUAUGACUCUGCUGCACCCAUCGAAUCACAAUCUCUCAUGGCAGAAGUUUAACUGCCUUCAUGGCAAGUACACUAUUUUCACUAGGAAAUUUUGCCAUGUGAUGUAGCCUUGGAGCUCCCAUAACUAAUUGAAAAUAAAAUACAAGAUAUACAGUAGAGUGUGGCUCCUCCAGUAUCUGUUCAACUACAUUAGUGUGUCUGCAAUAGGUCAGCAUGUUCUGGCCACCAGCCUUUCUAUUAUGACAUACAUAUACACAUAUAUAAUCAAUAUUUAGCAUUGCAGGAUUACUCUUUGUCCUCCAUCCCCUUACUCCCUGUAUGAUAGAAAAGUAGAUGAAAAAAAGGCAAAGGAGGUGCACCACUUGAGACAAGAGUUUAUUGGGUCUUUAUAAGUGCAUUCCUUUAUUGUUAAAUGAGUUUUCUUGAUUCCCACUUGAGUGACAUAUGACCUAGAAAAGACCACAUUACAGUAUAUCCUUAUUAAAGAAUUAUGUGUUUUUCAAAAGAAAUAUUAUUUGGGACAAUUUACAUACUAUUUUCAAUCCAGAGUGGUUUUUGGAAAAGUUACCAUUUAAAAAUAGCCUUUAGUAUUACUUGAGUUUGAAGUUUUUUGGAGACAUUUAAUAUUUCAGAUAUUUGAUAUACACUACAUACAUACAUUAUAUAUUGCAACCUUAUUCCUUAUGAAUUUCACAUAAUGAAAUUUUAUUAUAAAGCUUUAUAUACAUACAGUAUGUAUUGCAACAUAACUUCUUGUGAAAUUCACAUAAUGAAAUUUUGAGCAUUAUAAAGCUUUAUUUAUCAUUUGAAUGUUAAAUUAUGAAUUGUUUAGUAUGGACUGUACGUAAUUUGAAAUUAAUGGAUUUCUUUUCAAAUAAGUAUCAUCAGUAUACAAAGGGUAUUUUUGUACUCCUGUUAAAAAAUUUUAUGUAAUCCUAUAAAUGAUUUCAGUUAUUCUGUAAAGAUGCUGAUCAUUUAAAUACCAGUCUUGCAAUGACUAUUUACUCACCAUAUGGACAGAGCCUGUGCGUUUACAAGUGCAUUAAAGGUCCACAAGUAAUAUCAUAUUCAGACUAUUGUGGAAUGCCUGUGAUAAUUCCUGCAAGUUUUUCCUGUACAUUAUUUGACUGCAGUAUUGAAAAUGAAUAGGAAACAAUUAGUUAGGAAAGUCCAAUAGAGCAUCUAGUUUGAAGUGGUGCCCUUUUUAUAUUUUCCUUGUUUCAUCCCCCUCCAAACUGUUGAAACAUCCUAGGGAGGAAAUAUACAUUACAUAUACCUAUAUGUAGUUUUUACGCCCACCAGAAGUGCAGUGAUUUGUCCACAAAUCCGUAGCCUUACAAAUACAAUGUACUAUUAAAAGUGGACUUGUGAAACUCUGGAUUUGAGAGUGAAUAUCCGGUGGCUUGAGUAUAUUGUGAGGUGAUAUCAAGAGUACAUAGUUUCAGUUACUGUAGGUGGAAUGACAAUGACUCCACGUGAACAUUUCAAGUGAAAAAAAAAAGACGCACGACAUGAAGGUUGCCUUGCAUUAUUGUGACACUAUACAAUAGUUACGUUAAAACAGUUGAUGUGUAUCACACUGGCUGUUAGAGUGUAUAACGACACAACUUUUAUAAAUGGCCUCUAGCACAAGAGGGGUUUUUCUUCCCUUGGGUCAUUUUAAAGUGGCAUACACAAAGGCCUUCUAAGAACGUGUUUAAAAAAAUUGGUUCAUAACCAGAGAACUGCAGUUGAUCAAGAUGGCACAAGAUUAUACGUGAAGCACAAGACAUACAUUUUUCUACCUACAAGACAAUGUAAAGUGUACAGUGGUACCAGUGAUGUACAUAGUACUGUAUGUGACGUGAAGUUUUGUAUUGCAAGUGAGUGCAAAAGGGAAAUAGUUGUAAUUUUUUUCAAUUUCCCAUUUGGUGUGAAUCAUUGUGCAGUGUUAUGGUCGAAUAAAGUUCGUAAAUAGGAAUAAGCUGUUAAAAUUUUUAUGUUGAAAUAUGCAGUAAUUGUAGUUGUUUUUUGAUAAUUUCAUGUUUUGUUUGGAAUAUAUGUUGUAUUUUUUGCAUGUGGAGUUAAGUUACAUUUUGCAAUGUCUUUGUGAGUUGGAAGAAUAUUUGUUGUCAUUAUUUUGUUGAGAAUUUAUAGAUUGGAACAUACAGAAAACUGUGAUGAAAACCAAAAUAUUUGUAUGCUUUGCGUGCUCGUAAAUUGAGCAGUCACAUAUGAGUGCACCUGCAAUCCUAGUAGCUCGAGACGCAGGGAUCCUCAACUUAGUGGCUUUCAGAAAUUGACUGAGCAAAGAUAAAAAGUUAUUCCCUACAGAAUGUAAUGUUAGAAUAUUUGUGCAGCUUUGUAAAAAAAAAAAAAUGGAUUUAGAUAGUGCCUUUAUUUUUGCAUUCUUAGGUAGUGCCUCAUGGCAAGUUUUCAAUUCGUUGCUUAUCCCUUACCAUCAUCAUCAUUUAUUUUGUAUUUUUCUUGUGAAUCACUUUUCAGCCUAUAUCUCAGGAUUCUUCUGAAGUAACUAUAGUUUCCCAUCCUUUCUUCCUCUCCAUUUAUAUAUUUAUAUACAGUAUAUAAUGUGUAACCAAGAUAAUGUCAUCUAACUUCUUAUUGAUCUCGACUGCUCAAAAUUCACUGUCCCACCAUGUCUGUCUGCCUUUUUUCUUGCUGCUCAUUUACCUCUGAAAUCCAAAUGUUAAAUACCUCAACAUUUCCCGUGUGUGUUUCUGUAGUAAGAAGCCUGCCACUUCUCCGAGCCCCAUGUUCUAAGUGAUUGCUUUACAGAUACACAAGUAGCCUACAUCUGUGCACAUCAGUCUUUUAAUACUUCUAUUUAGUUAUUUUCUUCUUCCCCAAAACUGUAGAAUUAGAAUUGUUAUUGUUGCUCAAUGUGCCAUAUAUGUGUUUUAGGUCUGUUUGGUAACAUCAUUUAAGUUCAGCUUGAAUAAUUCGUUGCUGUUGAUGAGGAAAAGCAAAACGUGCGAAAGAUAAGAGUGACUUUCCAAUCCUUGGCAGAUAGGCGCCGAGAGAAUAUUACCUUUACAUUUAUAUUAUUGUAAGUGGUCUGCAUAUUAAUGUUAAAAUGUGUAUUCAAGAAUAACAUAUCCCUUUUUCAUAAAAUUAAAACUUAUAGGUACUGUAUUUUUUUAUGCACAUCUUUGGGAAGACGAGUUGGUCGUUAACAUUUGAGAGUGAUGGUGAAUAGUGAAUAAUUGUGGCACAAGAUUUUGAAACAUAUAAAACUAAAUUCCUAUUUGUGUUCAAGUGUGCUUCCACAUGAGUUUACAAUGAAUUUUUCCCCCAAAGAUAAGAGUGAACGUUAUCCUCCUGCUUGUUUAGUAUACUGAUAAAAUAACAGAAAAUCAUUAAAUAAUCAAAUAACAUCUCCCUGAAGUAAAAAUUAAAAGAAUGGAGCAGUUGCAGCACUGCUUCAGCAACAAUCCUUACAGUAAACAAAAAUAUAGACAUAAAUGGUGUAGUAUUAUGUUUUUCUUAUUCUUUCAUACUUUAUUUUCUGUCCCAAGUAGUGUGAGUGUAUGUUAGUGUUUGCUUCUGCCAUGAGUUUGUAUCAGUGGGUGUACAUACGUUUUAGGCUGUACACCAUUUACUCAAUGUGUACUUAGUGCGUGCAGUUUGUCUGGUGUAACAGUGAUGAAUAAAGUAUAUAUAAAAGUAAAAAAAAAUAAAGAGGGCUAUUUUUUUUUAUCUACCAGUGAAGUCAUGCUUACAGUUUGACCAGCAUGUCUAACUAUCUCUCUCUCUCUCUCUCUCUCUCUCUCUCUCUCUCUCUCUCUCUCUCUCUCUCUCUCUCUCUCUCUCAAAAAUGAAUUUUAUAGUAAAUCACUGUAAAAUCCUUAAGUUAAUCAUUGUUUCCUUUAAAGAAGUGCAACAUAGGUAUAUAAUGAAGUUUGAUACAAAAUCUUUGCAUGAAAUUAAUAUUUAAGACUUGUUAUGAUUAAGCUUAAUUGUGAAAGCUCGUAUGAUGUAAAAUAGGCUAGGUUGAAAUUUGGAAGUUUUUAUUCUUUACUUGACAAAAUGCAAAAUCCAUAAUGCCUGCAAGUGAGUCAGUAGAAGUAUUUUCGAGUACAACUGCUGACAAAUCAUAUCUUUCAUAAGCAAAAAAAAAAAAAGGAAAAGUUUCCUCGGCAUGUAGCAGAGGUGAUUGGAAGGCGAAAGAUUAUAUGUGUGGUAGGUCUUGAGCUUUAGCUAUUUUGUUGACCCAGUUAUAUUUUGCUUCUUUGUAACAGAUGAAAUCCUUGAGUUUUAUAUCUGGGUCACAAAAGUAUUUAAAAGUUUCAAGAUGGAGAUGUAUUGUACCCAAGCCCUUGCCGUAAGGCUUUGAAAUAUGUUUUAUUCAGCUGACGAUUUCCAGCAGAAUUAAUAUUCAUCAUCUCAUUAUUCUGUAGGUUAUCAUUUUCAAUUUCUCUUGGUCUUUUUGAUAUUGCAUAAACCUACAUUCUAAUAUUAAAUUUCCAGUUAGCUUUGUCUCGGUAUAUGAUUUCCCUACACAUUUUGUAUCACUUGCAUUUCGUUUUCAUAUAGUUCCUGUUCGUUGUAUGUGCAGAAGACAGAUGGUAAUGUUUUCCUUAUCUGUCAUGAUUUAUCAGUUUUUUAAUGUAUAGAGAAAUAUAUAUGUCUGUAUAUAUUUCAGCUCUUCAGAGCCUGCACUUCAAAACCAAGUACAGUACACUUCAUAUCCUUUUACGUUAAUCAUUUCAUUUCAUAUGCAAAUGUGUGGCUAUGUAUUACUGAGAUAAAUAUUAGGUAAAAUACCUCAUACUUAGGGCUGUCCCUAAGGUAUUGUAAUAGACCUUGGGUACUGUGCAUUCUCCUAUGCAUGUAGUGGAGGUUCAUGUAUGAUGUGCACUGUAUAAAGGGCCUAGAAUUGUAUAUACAAAUAAAAAAUGAAAUGUC